UUGAUCGCGGCGCGUCUGUGCCGUAUUUGCGAAGCCAAGUGUGACCAUAACUUUUGUUUCCUCGCAGUUUGUAUUAAUUUUGUACUGUUUUAACAAUGGACGUGACAAAAUUGCUCGCUUUUGUCAUUUUUGGCUCGUUCACCGGAGUCGAAAAACGUCCCAUCAUCAACCAGACUCAGCCGAUUAAAGUACAAGAAGGAUCUAAUUUGACUCUACAGUGUCAAACUGAUCCAGAGAUCAACCUAAAGGACUUCACCUUGGACUGGAAGAGAGUGGACAUCAAAAACGUCGCAGACUGCAUGGUCUACUCCCGUCGAGGUGGGAAGGAUCAUCCUCAUCCACAGAUGCAGCGAUACAAGAACAGAGCAGAGCUGAUUAAAGAGGACCUGACCAGAGGACGGAUGACUCUACUGAUCCCCACAGUCCAGCAGUCUGACUCAGGACACUUCAGAUGCUUCAUCCCAAAGUUCAGCGUCAGCUUUGUUUUCAACAUUAACGUGACGAAGGACCAAGAGACGACGACAAAGAGAGAGGAUGUCGCCAUGACGACGUCUCCAGGAUACAGAGUCGUGAACCCCACUGUGUCUGGUCCUGUAGAGAAGAGAAACCACUGGAUCAUUCUUGGUGUCUGUAUUUGUUUCCUCCUUGUUCUUGGUUUCAUCGUUGGAGUCCUGGUGAAGAACAGAGGGAUCAGAAUUUGAGAGUUGGUGAAGAAAACCCCGGAAACACUGAGGAGACGAGGACGGAGACAAAGACGAGGACGUCAUCGCAGAGAACGUCUGUGAUGGUUGGAUGACAAAUACACUGUCAUCUGAGCCAAAAACACACAUUUCUACUGGUGCUGUUUCCACACUAAAAAACGUAAAAGCUUUUUAUCCCGUGAUAAACGUCUUUAAAAGCUCUAUUUUGUUGUAGUUUAACCUAAUGACAGGGAAUAAGCUGAGACUAAAGUAUUAAAUCUCACACAGUUAUGAACUCUAUCUUCAGAGAUCUGUUUCCAGUUCUGCUGCUGCUGCUGCUGCUGCUUUAGAGAUUUUCUGGAGUUGUUGUGUUACAGGGAGAAAUCCUGAACUCCUCAGGGACCAGUUUAUCUCUAACUACUGCUCUGAUGCACAUUUAUCUUCCUCCUGAAUAACUACAGCUUAUUUCCUCCAUCUGGCUCCUACUAAACACAAAACCACAUUAAAACCAACAAAAAACCUCAGAAUGUCUUUAAAAUUAAUUUAAAUAUUAGAAAAUUAUUGAUGAGUAUUUAGAUCAUUUAUAUAUUUGGUUACACUGAACUGAGCAAACCUGUGACUGUAAAGUAAUGUGGAUGUUUGCAGUUGUUUUCUUCGUAUCUAUUUUCUGUCUAUUUUUUUUUUUCAUCUUUGAAGCACUUUUCUUUAAAUUAU